AUGUAUAGCAUUGUCAUCAACCUCAUCGGUGUGCUACAGAGCAACGUUUACGGUCUAGUUUUUGGUUCAACCUGGUUGUUUAAUCAACGAUCAGUGCUAUCUGGAAUCCUUGGGAUGUCCCUACCUUUAAAUUCUAACCCUAACCCAGGGCCCUAUAAAAUCACUUACAUUUUGUCUUUUUUUCAGUAAUUUUUUUUCCAGGUUUCUGUCUUUUCAGGUUUUCACUCUCAAAAAUCACCAAAAAAAAUGUGUAAUAGAAAAACAACUAAAUUGAAGCACUUUGUGACCAACUGCUGAUGUAAAAAUGCUUUGUAAAUCAAUUUGAUGGAUCUACCAGCCACCAUUGCUAACGGCUACACAGUGGUCUGCUCACACCGCACAUACAGACAUGGGAAGUCUCAUUGCCUCUUCAGGAAGCUGUAGGAAAUCAAAUCACUGAUGCAUUCUGUAUAUGAUAAACUUGGGCAAAUUAAUAAAUGUUCAAUACAUUUAGUUGAUUCCCUGCUAAGUUCAAUACAUUUAGUUUAUUCCCUACUAAGUUCAAUACAUUUAGUGGAUUUCCUACUAAGUUCAAUAGAUUUUUGUAAUAUUGUUGAAUUCCGUUUUAUUGUCUGGAUUCUGUAACUCAGUCCGCGUUCUCCGUAUGACGGACUUUAUAGAGCCUCCCUAACCUUAACCCUUAACCAUUUUAAAUGUCAACUUCAAUGGGGGGGGGUAGGGACGUCCCAAGGAUCCCAGAUAGCACAAACCUGUAAUCAACCCCAGUAUUCUACAGAGUGGGCCCUGACACUGUCUCCCUCGAAUCUGUCUCCUCAGAGCUGCAGAAGGAGGACGUUGAGGAACAGGGUCGUCAUGGGUACCGUCCGGAUCGCCCUCCAGCCCCACGUAGAGUCAGCGUCAGCCAGGACACCUCUCACCCCUACUACGAUGUGGCUCGACACGGGAUCCUUCAAGUCACAGGUGAGUUAUUAAACCUCUCCCCCCCACCCACCCACCUAGGGCUGUGGCGGAGGUCAUUACGUUUUGUCAGCCGGUGAUUGUCAAGCAAAUAACUGCCAAGUCUCGAGGCUAAUUAACAUAAACACAUUUAGCAUCUCCUGGCUUCCACACACAGCCUACAAGCCACUGAUGCAGACCUUUUGGAACAUCUACAUGUUAAAAAAGUCUAAUAAAUCCAUGUAAUAUAGCCUACACCUUCACAAUAAAUCCAUUAUUUAUUUUAGACAGGUCUAAAGAAACAUGAUAUGAAGAAAAUGUAGUCUAUUUCAGAAGAACAGAAUAGCAUCCUCUGAGUUGUCCUUAUGUUAGGUCCUGAUCUGGCUAUGCCAAAUGGCUGUGGGCUACACUAGUUCAUUUAGCAGACUAGAUUCCGUGGCAUUAUUUUAUAUUAUUUUAUAGUAUGAAGAAUACAAUUGAACAAAGCUGAAUAAAAUAGAAAGGAUAUUUUCCCCAAACGAUUGGAGGGAGUGCCCACAUGCAGCUAUUCUGUGUUGAGCGGUUAACAAAGAAACAGGUCCUCUUAUGCUUAAUUUAGAGAUAUUUAGGCAACUUUAGUUGUGAUAUAAACGUUUGGCUAUAUGUUUUGAUUUGUAAUGUAUUCUAAGGCUGCAUGAUGCGACUCUAAUAACGAUUUGUGUGGCCGUAAUGCCCCCUAAAAAAAUCUAUGCAUUGCAGCCACUUGUAAUAAUUAUAAUUCCCUUCUCCCGGCAGCCAAUCGUCCUGCUCCGAAGCACCUCACUCAUGGCGCUCUCAGAUACCUCAAUUCUUAUUAGCCGACGUCCGUCACGUGAUCGGGUCCUUCUAACAGUCAUCGCAGCUCCGAAGCCGACGUCCGUCACGUGACCGGGUCCUUCUAACAGUCAUCUCAGCUCCGAAGCCGACGUCCGUCACGUGAUCGGGUCCUUCUAACAGUCAUCGCAGCUCCGAAGCCGACGUCCGUCACGUGAUCGGGUCCUUCUAACAGUCAUCGCAGCUCCGAAGCCGACGUCCGUCACGUGAUCGGGUCCUUCUAACAGUCAUCGCAGCUCCGAAGCCGACGUCCGUCACGUGAUCGGGUCCUUCUAACAGUAAUCUCAGCUCCGAAGCCGACGUCCGUCACGUGACCGGGUCCUUCUAACAGUCAUCGCAGCUCCGAAGUAGGCCACUAUUGAAGACCGACACACCGGGGACGCAACUGCGCGCGUCCUUAUCAAAUUAUGAGGCACAUAUUGAAGAUGUUAGAAACAUUUCAAAUCUACUAUCCUCCAUAGUACAAAAGUUCUCCUACAGUGCAUUCGGAAAGUAUUCAGACCCCUUUGACCUUUUCCACAUUUUAUGUUACAGCCUUAUUCUAAAAUUAUUGUUUUUCCCUCAUCAAUCUACACACAAUACCCCAUAAUGACAAAGCAAAAACAGGUUUUGAGAAAUGUUUCCAGACGUGACGCUGAAUACUUAUGAGCCUAAAGGGUCUGAAUACUUAUGUAAAUAAGGUAUUUCUGUUUUUUAAUUUUAAUACAUUUUGCAAAAAUUCUAAAAACCUGUUUUCGCUUUGUCAUUAUGGGGUAUUGUGUGUAGAUUGAUGUGGGAAAACAUGUAUUUAAUCCAUUUUAGAAUAAGGCUGUAACGUAACAAAAUAUGGAAAAAGGGAAGAGGUAGGAAUACUUUCCGAAUUCACUGUGUUCUAUUGGUCAACUUGUCCUUCUGUGCGAGAUAAAUAUUCCAACAUAGUCUGGGACAGUUGUGGGAUGCAAUAGAUCAAAUGAAUACAACCACUCGCAUCAAAACACCUUUUAAAACCAAUGAGGCAGAUGCAACAGAUCAGAACGUUCAUCUUAAAAAUCUUCACAAAAGCGCAGCAAUGCGCACACGGCAGUAGGACAUAAGCACGAAUGUUCCAAAAUGCAAUCAAUUAGCGGGAAAACACCGUUCUCAAAUGCGAUUGUGCUUGUAAUGCUUUAUUAUAAAGAUGCAUUUUUAUUGCGAAAAAAGAUCUUCCCAUAAACUUGAAACUCACGCGCCACCUAUGUAUGCCAGUUAGUCUCUACACCGGUUGUAAAGCUGAUUAAUGUGCUUAAUUGUAAGAAGUUAUUUGGCCACUUUAGUUGUGAUACAAACCUUAUCAAAACCUAUAGGCCUAUGGGCUAGGCUACAUGAGGUGUGCAGCUAUGGUUUGAAAAAGUCGCAAAAGAAGGCAUGUGCUGUUUCUCACCGUACUGAACACAAGCAUCAUACUGUCACCCAUCAGACUAUUCUUCAUUUAAUCUUGUCUUUACAGAUACUAAAUUAUAUAUGCGUGAAAUUAGUUUGGAUUUACAAUGGACCAUUAUCUUGCAACUGUCUCAAAACGGGGGCAGGGGAAAUAAUGCAUGUCAUCUAUGAACUUAAAUAGCAAAAGGGGGAGGGAGGGAGUGGUGCAGAGGGGCAGGGAGAGGAGCAGGAGAGAUGAAGGGGAGGGAGGGGUGAAGGAGGAGGGGAGGGGUGAAGGAGGAGGUAGGGGGUGAAGGGGGGAGGUAGGGGUAAAGGGGGAAGGUGGGGGUGGGGGGGGAGGUAGGGGGGGGGGGGAGGUGGGGGUGGGAAAAGGGAGGGAAAGGGGGGAAGGAGGAGGUGGGGGGUAAAGGGGGAGGAGGGGUAAGGGGGGGGUGGAAAAAGGGGGAGGGGGGGAGGGGGGGAAGGGGGAGAGGGGUAAGGGAGGGGAGGGCGAAGGUGGGGGGGGGGGUAAGGGAGGAGGAGGGGUUGGGAGGGGGGAAGGGGGGGGGAGGAGGGGGGGGGGGGGAGGAGGGGGGGGAAAGGGGAGGAGGGGGGGGGGGAAAGGAGGAGGGGGAGGAGGGGGAGGGGGGAAGGGGGAGGAGGGGGGGGGGAAAGAAGGGGGAAAAGGGGGGAGGGGGUAAGGGGGAGGGAAAGGGGGGGGGGGGGAAAAGGGGGGGAAGGGGGGGGGGGAAAAGGGGGAGGAGGGGGAAGGAGGGGGGGGGAAAAAGGGGGAGGGGGGGUUUAAGGGGGGGGAAAAAAGGGGAAAGGGGGAGGGGGGGUGAAGGAGAGGAGGGGGUAGGGGAAAAGGAGGGAGAGGGGGGGGUUAAAAGGGGGAGGGGGGGGAAGGGGGGGGGGAAAGGGAAGGUAGGGGUUGAAGGGGGGAGGUGGGGGUUUGGGAAGGAGGAGGGUAGGGGUGAAGGGGGAGGUGGGGGGGGGGGGAAAAGGGGAAGGUAGGGGGGGGGGAGGGGGGAAGGGGGAGGUAGGGGUGGGCAAGGGGGGGGUGGGGGGGGAAGGGGGAGGGGGUAAGGGAGGAGGGGGAAGGGGAAGGGGAAAGGGGAGAGGGGGUGAAGGAGGGGGGAAAAAGGGGGGGAAGGAGCGAGGGGGGGAUUUAAGGGGGGGUUUGGGUUUAAGGGAGGAAUAGGGGGAAAGGGAGGGGGUGGGGUUUUUUGGGGGGUUUUUUAGGGGUAAAAAGGGGGGAAAAGGUGGGGGUUAAAGGCCCCCCGGGGUUUUUGGGGGUAAAGGGAUAAAAUUAGGGGGAAGGGGUUGGGGUUUUUUGGGGGGGGUUUUUGGGUUUUGGGGGUGAUGAAAAACUAUGGCGGGAAAGGGUUUGGUCGAUGUGUUCUUUCCCCUCCUCCUGGGGUUUUGUUCUCCCCAGGUGUGAUAACUUGGCAGGAAGGGGGGUUUUUCUGUUUGUUCUCUCUCCUUUUGUUGUUUGUUCUUCCAGGUGUUUGGAAAAAAUAUGGCGGGAAGCGGGUCUGUUUGGUUCUUUUUUUUCCCCUGUUGUCUCUUUCUCUCCGGUUUGAUGAUAACUAUGGCAGGAAGUGGUCUGUUUGGUUCUCCCCUUGUUGUCUUGUUCUCUCCGGGGUGAUGAAAAACUAUGGGGGAAAGUGGUUGAUGUGUUCUCUCUCCUCUCUGUUGUCUCUGUUCUCUCCAGGUGAUGAUAACUAUGGCAGGAAGCUGGUCUGAUGUGUUCUCUCUCCUCUCUGUUGUCUCGGUUGUUCUCUCCCAAGGUGGAUGAUAACUAUGGACAGCAGGAAGCUAGGUCUGAUGUGUUCUCUCUCUCCUCCUGUUUGUCUUCGUUCUCUCCAGGUGAUGAUAAUAUGCGGCAGGAAGCUGGUUCUGAUGUGUUCUUCUCUCCUCUGUUGUCUCUGUUCUCUCCAGGUGAUGAUAACUAUGGCAGGAAGCUAGGUCUGAUGUGUUCUCUCUCUCCUCUGUUGUCUCUGUUCUCUCCAGGUGAUGAUAACUAUGGCAGGAAGCUGGUCUGAUGUGUUCUCUCUCCUCCUGUUGUCUCUGUUCUCUCCAGGUGAUGAUAACUAUGGCAGGAAGCUGGUCUGAUGUGUUCUCUCUCUCCUCUGUUGUCUCUGUUCUCUCCAGGUGAUGAUAACUAUGGCAGGAAGCUGGUCUGAUGUGUUCUCUCUCCUCCUGUUGUCUCUGUUCUCUCCAGGUGAUGAUAACUAUGGCAGGAAGCUGGUCUGAUGUGUUCUCUCUCCUCUCUGUUGUCUCUGUUCUCUCCAGGUGAUGAUAACUAUGGCAGGAAGCUAGGUCUGAUGUGUUCUCUCUCCUCCUGUUGUCUCUGUUCUCUCCAGGUGAUGAUAACUAUGGCAGGAAGCUGGUCUGAUGUGUUCUCUCUCUCUCUCUGUUGUCUCUGUUCUCUCCAGGUGAUGAUAACUAUGGCAGGAAGCUGGUUAUCUUCAGUAGCUGCCUGAUGCCCCCCUCCCAUCAGCUCAACCACCACCACCUGCUGGAGUGAGUCAGGACAAUCAUCAUAUGAUAUAUGCAGUUUAUGUACAUGUAACUAUUUUGCUGUCCACUAUGGAAGACCCUCAACAGGUUGUUUUCACUUCCUUGAAGAGGAAUUAACAAGUGCACUCUUGAGGGAGAAGGGGAUCGAGUGAAUUGGUCUUCAGUGAAAUGUUGUGAAUUUGAGUACUGUGCUCUGUGAAAUGUGUAUCUGAGUACUGUGCUCUGUGAAAUGUUGUGUAUCUGAGUACUGUGCUCUGUGAAAUGUUGUGUAUCUGAGUACUGUGCUCUGAAAUGUUGUGUAUUUGAGUACUGUACUCUGCAGUAAAAGCUGUUAUAUUCAGGUAACUGCCAAAAGAAAGGAAACUCCAUCGUAGUGUCUUAAUGGGGCGUUGGGCCAGAACAGCUUCCAUUCACCUCGGCAUAGAUUCUACAAGUGUCGACACCGUUCUUCCGCAAUUUUGUUGAUGGUGGUGGAAAACGCUGUCUCAGGCGCCGCUCCAGAACCUCCCAUCAGUGUUCGAUUGGGUUGAGAUCUGGUGACUGGGACACACACAACACACACACACACACACACACACACACACACACACACACACACACACACACACACACACACACACACACACACACACACACACACACACACACACAGACACACACACACACACACACACACACACACACACACACACGCACACGCACACACGCACACACACACACACACACACACACUAGGGUUGGGCCGUUAUCCAGAUUUUGAUGUCAUCAUACCGCCCUUCUCUCAUCCCGGGAUUUACAGUAUUACUGUUUUAGUACUCAAGGGGGCGCUAAAAACCAAUAGCGAAUUUCAAUAGAGGCUGCUAGCUAAAUAUGCUAACGACCGCAAACAAAAAAUAAAGGAAUUGCAAAGACAGGCUCAUAAAGUUCUACAAGUAUAGGUGGGAGCUACCGAAUGGCAUCUUUGGUGAGUUUGGACAGUUACAAGCGAAUGUGAACGAGAGACGUUGUGCAAAUGAGCAACGUUUUGACACAUGCUUGCUCCUUUUGAGACCCCUCUUUCAAAGUCACGAGAUCUCUUCUAGCCAUGGUAGCCAAAAUAAUGGGCAACUGGGCAUUUUUAUACAUGGCCCUAAGCAGUCCGUAUCUACAGUGGGGAGAACGUCCUCUGGUCUGAAGGAAGAACAGUCUCUGGAGCAGCAUGUCUUCACAAGCAGCCUGAGAACCGAGAGAACCGAGAGGAGGAAAAAUAAUAGUGAGGAGAACUCAUCCAAAGGCUUUGACUUCGACACAGCAGGAAGCUGUAUUAUAUUACACUACAGUGCAUUCGGAAAGUAUUCAGACCCCUUGACUUUUUCCACAUUUUUGUUACGUUACAGCCUUAUUCUAAAAUAAGUUAAAUGUUUUUCCUCAUCAAUCUACACACAAUACCCCAUAAUGACAAAGCACAUUUUUUUCAAGUAUUCAGACCCUUUGCUAUGAGACUCGAAAUUGAGCUCAGGUGCAUCCUGUUUCCAUUGAUCAUCCUUGAUGUUUCUUCAACUUGAUUGGAGUCCACCUGUGGUAAAUUCAAUUGAUUGGACAUGAUUUGGAAAGGCACACACCUGUCUAUAUAAGGUCCCACAGUUGAGAGUGCAUGUCAAAGCAAAAACCAAGCCAUGAGGUUGAAGGAAUUGUCCGUAGAGCUCCGAGACAGGAUUGUGUCGAGGCACAGAUCUGGGGAAGGGUACCAAAACAUUUCUGCAGCAUUGAAGGUCCCCAAGAACACAGUGGCCUCCAUCAUUCUUAAAUGGAAGACGUUUGGAACCACCAAGACUCUUCCUAGAGCUGGCAGCCCUGGCCAAACUAAGCAAUCGGGGGAGAAGGGCCUUGGUCAGGGAGGUGACCAAGAACCCGAUGGCCACUCGGACAGAGCUCCAGAGUUCCUCUGUGGAGAUGGGAGAACCUUCCAGAAGGACAACCAUCUCUGCAGCACUCCACCAAUCAGGCCUUUAUGGUAGAGUGGCCAGACGGAAGCCACUCCUCAGUAAAAUGACAGGCCGCUUGGAGUUUGCCAAAAGGCACCUAAAGGACUCUCAGACCAAGAGAAACAAGAUUCUCUGCUUUAUCUCCUAAUGUAUUGCACAAGUUGACUGCAGUUAUUAACUUAAAAAGUAGCUACAAAUAUUCCCAUUUUUAUUGAAACUUAAAAGAAAUAGUUUGACGGUAUUGAAAAACCAUCCCGUGGACAUUUCCAUAAUACCCCGGUAAUACGGUCCCCAGACUAACACACAACCUCUUUAAAACCACACUCCAUUGAGACCCCUCUUUCAGCAGUCACCGACAUCUCUUUCUAGCCAGGAAGCCAAAAUAAUGGACAACAGGGCUUUUUAACAUGACCUAAGAGCCUUCUACAGUGGAGAACGUCCUCUGUUCCUAUACUAGUCCAUAUUACUCUGUAGAAAGUCUCUGCUUGCAUUCCAUAGUCAUAUUCCUUGUAUGAACGUCUCUGGUCUGCUAUUCUCCUGUCCAUAACUACCUCGUAGAACGUUCCUCUGGUCAGCUAACCUAGUCCAAUCUACCUCUGUAAACUCCCUGUUCCGCUAUACUAGUCCGAUCUUACCUGUAGAACGCUUGUUGCUAUUACCUAGUCCAUAUCUACCUCUGUGAGAACGUCCUCUGGUCUGCUAUACCUAGUCCAUACUAGUCUAUCUACCUCUGUAGAACGUCCUCUGGUCUGCUAUACCUAGUCCAUAUCUACCUCUGUAGAACGUCCUCUGGUCUGCUAUUCCUAGUCCAUAUCUACCUCUGUAGAACGUCCUCUGGUCUGCUAUACCUAGUCCAUAUCUACCUCUGUAGAACGUCCUCUGUUCCGCUAUACCUAGUCCAUAUCUACCUCUGUAGAACGUCCUCUGUUCCGCUAUACCUAGUCCGUAUCUACCUCUGUAGAACAUCCUCUGUUCCGCUAUACCUAGUCCAUAUCUACCUCUGUAGAACGUCCUCUGGUCCGUUCUGCUAUACCUAGUCCAUAUCUACCUCUGUAGAACGUCCUCUGGUCUGCUAUACCUAGUCCAUAUCUACCUCUGUAGAACGUCCUCUGGUCCGCUAUACCUAGUCCGUAUCUACAGUGCCUUCAAAGUAUUCAUACCUCUUGACUUGUUCCACAUUUUGUUGUUACAGCCUGAAUUCAAAAUGAAAGAUUUUUUUUCUCACCCAUCUGCAUACAAUACCCUAAUAAUGACAAAGUGAAAACAUGUUUUUAUACAUUUUUGCACUUUUCUUGAAAAUGAAAUACAGAAGUAUCUCAUUUACAUAAGUAUACACACCCCUGAGUCAAUACAUGUUAGAAUCACCUUUGGCAGCGAUGAUUACAGCGGUGAGUCUUUCUGGGUAAGUCUCUUGAAGAGCCACUGAACACGCAGAUUGGCACGUAUGUUUUUCAGUUGCUCAUUCGAAAAAUGAGAUUUCAGUGUUGGUGUGUUUCCUGACCGAUUCAACGUUUUGGUUAAUAAAGUUUGUCCCCCCAUGAGACACUGUAGACGUGGAAGCCUAUUUCACUUCCUCAAAAUCUCAGAAUGAAUCUUAAGAACAAAACAAAUCUGUAAUUAAUUUUGACGUGUUUUUUUUGGCGAGGAUGUUUUAGUUGCGCAAUUUUAACUGUUUGACUCAUAUCGAUGCCACAUAAGCCGUUUUAAAUGGGAUUUGAUACUUUUUAAAGGCAGUUGCUCUUGAAGAGCUUUGCACACCUUUUUAUUGUACAAUAUUUGCACAUUAUUCUUUUAUUAUUCUUCAAGCUCUGUCAAGUUGGUUGUUGAUCAUUGUUAGAGCCAUAGAUCUUCAAGUCUUACCAUAGAUGUUCAAGCCGAUUUUAAGUCAAAACUGUAACUAGGCCACUCAGGAACAUUCAACGUCGUUCUUGGUGAGCAACUCCAGUGUAAAUUUUGGCCUUGUGUUUUAGGUUAUUGUCCUGCUGAAGGGUGCAUUUGUCUCCCAGUGUCUGUUGGAAAGCAGACUGAACCAGGUUUUCCUCUAGGAUUUUCCCUGUGCUUAGCUCUAUUCCAUUUAUUUUUGUCCUAAAAAAACUCCCUAGUCCUUGCCGAUGACAAGCAUACCCAUAACAUGAUGCAGCCACCACUAUGCUUGGAAAUAUGAAGAGUGGUACUCAGUGUUGUGUUGGAUUUGCCCCAAUCACAACACUUUGUAUUCAGGACAUUAAGUUAAUUUCUUUGCCAGAUUUCUUUGCAGUUUUACUUUAGUGCCUUGUUGUAAACAGGAUGCAUGUUUUGGAAUAUUUGUAUUCUGUACAGGCUUCCUUCUUUUCACUCUGUCAUUUAGGUUAGUAGUGUGGAGUAACUACAAUGUUGUUGAUCCAUCCUCCGUUUUCUCCUAUCACAGCCAUUAAACUGUAACUGUUUUAAAGUCACCAUUGGCCUCAUGGUGAAAAUCCCUGAGCGGUUUCCUUCCUCUCCGGCAACUGAGCUAGGAAGGACGCCUGUAUCUUUGCAGUGACUGGGUGUAUUGAUACACCAUACAAAGUGUAAUUAAUAACUUCACCAUGCUCAAAGGGAUAUUCAAUGUCUGCUUUUUUAAUUUUUACCCAUCUACCAGUAGGUGCCCUUCUUUGCGAGGCAUUGGAAAACCUCCCUGGUCUUUGUGGUUGAAUCUGUGUUUGAAAUUCACUGCUCGACUGGGGGACCUUACAGAUAAUUGUAUGUGUGGGGUACAGAGAUGAGGUAGUCAUUCAAACAAUCAUGUUAAACACUAUUAUUGCACACAGGAGUCCAUGCAACUUGUUAUGUGACUUGUUAAGCACAUUUUUACUCCUGAACUUAUUCAGGCUUGCCAUAACAAAGGGGUUGAAUACUUAUUGACUCAAGACAUUUCAGCUUUUCAUCUUUUAAUUCAUUUGUAAAACAUUCUAAAAACAUAAUUCCACUUUGACAUUAUGGGGUAUUGUGUGUUGUGUGUAAGCCAGUGACACAAUUUAAAUGUAAUCAAUUUGGCGGCGCUCCAGAAUCUCCCAUAAGUGUUCAGUUGAGAUGUGGUGACUGAGACGGCCACGGCAUAAGGUUUACAUCGUAUUCAUGCUCAUCAAACCAUUGUGACCGCUCCUACCUGGUGGAUGGGGGCCUACCCGGGGUACCCAAAAAUAAUGGCCUGCCCUGCAUUUUUAUACAUGACCCUAAGCAUGAUGGGAUGUUAAUUGCUUAAUGAACUCAGGAAAUCACACCUGUGUGGAAGCGACCUGCUUUCGAUAUACUUUGUUAUCCCUCAUUGACUCAAGUGUUUCCAUAAAUUUUUUUGGCAGUUACCUGAGUGCUCUGCUCUCUCCUCCCCCUUGGCUGCAGGUAUCUGAAGUACUCUCUGGACCAGUAUUACCUGAGUGCUCUGCUCUCUCCUCCCCCUUGGCUGCAGGUAUCUGAAGUACUCUCUGGACCAGUAUUACCUGAGUGCUGCUCUCUCCUCCCCUGGCUGCAGGUAUCUGAAGUACUCUCUGGACCAGUAUUACCUGAGUGCUCUGCUCUCUCCUCCCCCUUGGCUGCAGGUAUCUGAAGUACUCUCUGGACCAGUAUUACCUGAGUGCUCUGCUCUCUCCUCCCCCUUGGCUGCAGGUAUCUGAAGUACUCUCUGGACCAGUAUUACCUGAGUGCUCUGCUCUCUCCUCCCCUUGGGCUGCAGGUAUCUGAAGUACUCUCUGGACCAGUAUUACCUGAGUGCUCUGCUCUCUCCUCCCCUUGGCUGCAGGUAUUGAAGUACUCUCUGGACCAGUAUUAAACGGAGUGCUCGCUUUCUCCUCCCCCUUGGCUGCAGGUAUCUGAAGUACUCUCUGGACCAGUAUUACCUGAGUGCUCUGCUCUCUCCUCCCCCUUGGCUGCAGGUAUCUGAAGUACUCUCUGGACCAGUAUGUAGAGAGCGAUUAUACAGUAGUGUAUUUCCAUCAUGGUCUCCGCAGCAGCAACAAGCCCUCACUACGCUGGCUACGAGACGCAUACAGAGAGUUUGACAGGAAGUAAGUCACCCUGACCUCCUAACCUACGACUCUUCAAGCCCUCUCUCGAUCAAAAUACAACGCGAUGAACCAGUUUUUCCAGAAUGAUGUUUACAGUGUGUGUGUGUGUGUGUGUGUGUCAAUGUAUUUCCUGACAGGUACAAGAAGAACCUGAAAGCCCUCUAUGUCGUCCAUCCUACUAAUUUUAUCAGAAUAAUCUGGAAUAUAUUCCAACCACUCAUCAGGUAUGCUCCCCAGUCAUCAUUCUACAGUAAAGAUCUAGAAUACAGUAUAUUCCAACCACUCAUCAGGUAUGCUCCCCAGUCAUCUUUCUACAGUAAAGAUCUAGAAUACAGUAUAUUCCAACCACUCAUCAGGUAUGGUCCCCAGUCAUCUUUUCUACAGUAAAGAUCUAGAAUACAGUAUAUUCCAACCACUCAUCAGGUAUGCUCCCCAGUCAUCUUUCUACAGUAAAGAUCUAGAAUACAGUAUAUUCCAACCACUCAUCAGGUAUGCUCCCCAGUCAUCUUUCUACAGUAAAGAUCUAGAAUACAGUAUAUUCCAACCACUCAUCAGGUAUGCUCCCCAGUCAUCUUUCUACAGUAAAGAUCUAGAAUACAGUAUAUUCCAACCACUCAUCAGGUAUGCUCCCCAGUCAUCUUUCUACAGUAAAGAUCUAGAAUACAGUAUAUUCCAACCACUCAUCAGGUAUGGUCCCCAGUCAUCUUUCUACAGUAAAGAUCUAGAAUACAGUAUAUUCCAACCACUCAUCAGGUAUGCUCCCCAGUCAUCUUUCUACAGUAAAGAUCUAGAAUACAGUAUAUUCCAACCACUCAUCAGGUAUGCUCCCCAGUCAUCUUUCUACAGUAAAGAUCUAGAAUACAGUAUAUUCCAACCACUCAUCAGGUAUGCUCCCCAGUCAUCUUUCUACAGUAAAGAUCUAGAAUACAGUAUAUUCCAACCACUCAUCAGGUAUGGUCCCCAGUCAUCUUUCCACAGUAAAGAUGCCAUUCAGGCCUGUACUGUACAUUUUAAGUCUGUCUCCAUAACAGUAUUGAUGGCCAUGAAAGACAUUUGGCAAUAAUGACUGACCCCUUUCUAACACUGUUCUUCCUGUUUAGUCACAAGUUUGGUAAGAAGCUGAUCUAUGUGAACUACCUGGCAGAGCUCAGAGACCACCUGAACUGUGAUCAGCUUCUCAUCCCACCUGAUGUCCUCAGGUAGGUUACACCUCUAUACCACUACCUUACCCUGACCCCUGACCUUAACCCUAACUACCUGGCAGAGCUCAGAGACCACCUGAACUGUGAUCAGCUUCUCAUCCCACCUGAUGUCCUCAGGUAGGUUACACCUCUAUACCACUACCUUACCCUGACCCCUGACCUUAACCCUAACUACCUGGCAGAGCUCAGAGACCACCUGAACUGUGAUCAGCUUCUCAUCCCACCUGAUGUCCUCAGGUAGGUUACACCUCUAUACCACUACCUUACCCUGACCCCUGACCUUAACCCUAACUACCUGGCAGAGCUCAGAGACCACCUGAACUGUGAUCAGCUUAUCAUCCCACCUGAUGUCCUCAGGUAGGUUACACCUCUAUACCACUACCUUACCCUGACCCCUGACCUUAACCCUAACUACCUGGCAGAGCUCAGAGACCACCUGACCUGUGAUCAGCUUCUCAUCCCACCUGAUGUCCUCAGGUAGGUUACACCUCUAUACCACUACCUUACCCUGACCCCUGACCUUAACCCUAACUACCUGGCAGAGCUCAGAGACCACCUGACCUGUGAUCAGCUUCUCAUCCCACCUGAUGUCCUCAGGUAGGUUACACCUCUAUACCACUACCUUACCCUGACCCCUGACCUUAACCCUAACCUUUUUAGGUUCACUGCACAUUUCAGAUUUGAACGCUACAAAAUAUCAGUAGUAUCUGAUAUCAUGAUAUGAUGGCUCUGACUUAACAUUGAGGACUGGGCAAUGUUUGUAUUGAUGUAUCCAACCAACCGGAGGGACUGUAGUCAUGUAUCCAACCAACCAGAGGGACUGUAGUCAUGUAUCCAACCAACCACGGAGGUACUGUAGUCAUGUAUCCAACCAACCAGAGAAACUGUAGUCAUGUAUCCAACCAACCACGGAGGCACUGUAUUCAUGUAUCCAACCAACCAGAGGGACUGUAGUCAUGUAUCCAACCAACCAGAGGUACUGUAGUCAUGUAUCCAACCAACCAGAGGGACUGUAGUCAUGUAUCCAACCAACCACGGAGGGACUGUAGUCAUGUAUCCAACCAACCACGGAGGUACUGUAGUCAUGUAUCCAACCAACCAGAGGGACUGUAGUCAUGUAUCCAACCAACCAGAGGUACUGUAGUCAUGUAUCCAACCAACCAGAGGGACUGUAGUCAUGUAUCCAACCAACCAGAGGUACUGUAGUCAUGUAUCCAACCAACCAGAGGGACUGUAGUCAUGUAUCCAACCAACCAGAGGUACUGUAGUCAUGUAUCCAACCAACCAGAGGGACUGUAGUCAUGUAUCCAACCAACCACGGAGGGACUGUAGUCAUGUAUCCAACCAACCACGGAGGUACUGUAGUCAUGUAUCCAACCAACCAGAGGAACUGUAGUCAUGUAUCCAACCAACCAGAGGGACUGUAGUCAUGUAUCCAACCAACCAGAGGGACUGUAGUCAUGUAUCCAACCAACCAGAGGGACUGUAGUCAUGUAUCCAACCAACCACGGAGGUACUGUAGUCAUGUAUCCAACCAACCAGAGGGACUGUAGUCAUGUAUCCAACCAACCACGGAGGGACUGUAGUCAUGUAUCCAACCAACCAGAGGGACUGUAGUCAUGUAUCCAACCAACCACGGAGGGACUGUAGUCAUGUAUCCAACCAACCAGAGGGACUGUAGUCAUGUAUCCAACCAACCACGGAGGGACUGUAGUCAUGUAUCCAACCAACCAGAGGGACUGUAGUCAUGUAUGUAACCAACCACGGAGGGACUGUAGUCAUGUAUGUAACCACGGAGGGACUGUAGUCAUGUAUGUAACCAUGGAGGUACUGUACUGUAGUCAUGUAUGUAACAUAUAUGUCUAUGUAUUUACUCCAGCCAUGAUGAGAGGCUGCAGGUGGCCCAGAAGGGAGGUCCGCACCCCUCAUCUAAGACUCCUCCCCCCAGACCUCCUCUACCCACUCAGCAGUUUGGAGUCAGCCUGCAAUAGUGAGGAUUUUUAUUUUGUCCAAUGUUUAUGCCAACUAAUAUGAUUUACCAUAAUGCACGCAUACUGAAUUUGAAGUGUUCUGUUUCCAGUAUUCGUGAGAAGAACCAGGGUGUGAUGAUUCCUCCUGUGAUGUCCCAGACUGUGUCUUAUCUCAAAGACAAUGGUAAGAAGGUAGAAGCUUGGAUCUAUCAGGGACAAGAAGACCUCUACAGUAAUAGUAGUUUAAGCCUGUUAGUCCCUCCCUCCCUCUCCUCAGGUCUCCAGACAGAAGGUAGAAGCUUGGAUCUAUCAGGGACAAGAAGACCUCUACAGUAAUAGUAGUUUAAGCCUGUUAGUCCCUCCCUCCCUCUCCUCAGGCCUCCAGACAGAAGGUAGAAGCUUGGAUCUAUCAGGGACAAGAAGACCUCUACAGUAAUAGUAGUUUAAGCCUGUUAGUCCCUCCCUCCCUCUCCUCAGGCCUCCAGACAGAAGGUAGAAGCUUGGAUCUAUCAGGGACAAGAAGACCUCUACAGUAAUAGUAGUUUAAGCCUGUUAGUCCCUCCCGCCCUCUCCUCAGGUCUCCAGACAGAAGGUAUCUUCAGGAGGUCAGCUCGUGUUCAGCUCAUCAAGGACGUCCAGAAGCUCUAUAACCAGGGUGAGAUGGAACCUCUAUAACAUCCAUAAUAACCUUUAUAACCUCUUUAACCAGGGUGAGAUGGAACCUCUAUAACAUCCAUAUUAACCUUUAUAACCUCUUUAACCAGGGUGAGAUGGAACCUCUAUAACAUCCAUAAUAACCUUUAUAACCUCUAUAACCAGGGUGAGAUGGAACCUCUAUAACAUCCAUAAUAACCUUUAUAAGCUCUUUAACCAGGGUGAGAUGGAACCUCUAUAACAUCCAUAAUAACCUUUAUAACCUCUACAACCAGGGUGAGAUGGAACCUCUAUAACAUCCAUAAUAACCUUUAUAACCUCUAUAACCAGGGGGAGAUGGAACCUCUAUAACAUCCAUAAUAACCUUUAUAACCUCUACAACCAGGGUGAGAUGGAACCUCUAUAACAUCCAUAAUAACCUUUAUAACCUCUAUAACCAGGGGGAGAUGGAACCUCUAUAACAUCCAUAAUAACCUUUAUAACCUCUAUAACCAGGGGGAGAUGGAACCUCUAUAACAUCCAUAAUAACCUUUAUAACCUCUUUAACCAGGGUGAGAUGGAACCUCUAUAACAUCCAUAAUAACCUUUAUAAGCUCUUUAACCAGGGGGAGAAGCUAGAUCUCUGAGCCGCGGCAGUGCUGAGCGGGGUCUCCCAGGGGCAGGGCCGAGCGGGGUCUCCCAGGGGCAGGGGCAGGGCCGAGCGGGGUCUCCCAGGGGCAGGGGCAGGGCGGAGCGGGGUCUCCCAGGGCCAGAGGCAGGGCCGAGCGGGGUCUCCCAGGGCCAGAGGCAGGGCGGAGCGGGGUCUCCCAGGGCCAGAGGCAGGGCUUUUAUCUCUCACUACCAGGAAGCAGAGAUCAAUAAUAAUCCAGAUCAACCUCCAUCUCCUCUGCCUCAGAUGCCAUCGCACCACAGCCCCAUGUCACCCCGACUUCUGACUGCAGCAGGCCAAGUUUCCAUUAGUCAAACCACUUACUUUCUGAGAACAUGUAUAAUCAAUCAACCUAAAUAAUCAAUCAUAUGCUAGAUCCAGUACAUGUGUUUUGCCAGAGAAAGAUUUGUAUCGGCUAAUUUGUAGAAAACAUAAGAAUUAUAACAAUCAAUGAUUCAAUUUCAAUACUUUGAAUGUAGCAUUUGCGUCAGGGUUGUCCAUGGAAGCGUUUUACUCUGGACUCAGAUAGACAGACAUCCUGUGUGUUCAGUAUUGUAGAAGGUCUCUGUAUGUGUUGUCCAGGUUUUAGCUGCUCAGUCAGUCUGUAGAAGGUCUCUGUAUGUGUUGUCCAGGUUUUAGCAGCUCAGUCAGUCUGUAGAAGGUCUCUGUAUGUGUUGUCCAGGUUUUCGCUGCUCAGUCAGUCUGUAGAAGGUCUCUGUAUGUGUUGUCCAGGUUUUAGCUGCUCAGUCAGUCUGUAGAAGGUCUCUGUAUGUGUUGUCCAGGUUUUAGCUGCUCAGUCAGUCUGUAGAAGGUCUCUGUAUGUGUUGUCCAGGUUUUCGCUGCUCAGUCAGUCUGUAGAAGGUCUCUGUAUGUGUUGUCCAGGUUUUAGCAGCUCAGUCAGUCUGUAGAAGGUCUCUGUAUGUGUUGUCCAGGUUUUAGCUGCUCAGUCAGUCUGUAGAAGGUCUCCUCUGUAUAGACUAUAACUUUCUUGUCCUGCUCUCUUCUCCUCAGGGAAGCCAGUGAUGUUCCAGCAGUAUGGGGACGUCCAUGUUCCUGCUGUCAUCCUGAAGACCUUCCUCAGAGAGCUCCCUGAGCCCCUGCUCACCUUCCCCCUCUACCACCAGAUACAGGACAUAGUCCGUAAGUACAUGCGCACGCCGAGGCUUUAGCUCAGCAGGCUAACGCGCCGCGGUGUUGUGGCACGUAGGAGACGGGUCCGGUAAAAAAUGCAGCAAAGCAUCCCCGAACCGUCACACUACCGCCGCCGCGCUUGACCGUUGGUAUGAAGUGAAGCAUGGUGGUGGCGGUGUGAUGGUUUGGGGAUGCUUUGCUGCCUCCGGCCCUACUGUGAAGUAGGAUCCUGCAUCAAUAUAAACAUUCAACGGCCCUACUGUGGUCCUGAAUCGGGUCAGGUGACCCAGUCUAUAACUAUAAGAGAACGUCAACGUGCUGCUUUCUGUUCCAGGAGUGGAGAGCAGUCUCCGAGUGACAGCAUGUAAACACAUCCUAGAGAAUCUACCAGAACACAACUACAUGGUGUUGAAGUACCUGCUCUGUUUCCUGAACAUAGUAAGAACACACAACACAACAUGACACACCACCGCACAGCACCGCACAGCACCGCACAGCACCGCACAGCACCCCACCGCACAGCACCGCACAGCACCACGCACCACACACCAAUGGGUCUUGUAGCCCAUUCCAGCCUUGUGUAGGUCUACAAUCUUGUCCCUGACAUCCUUGGAGAGCUCUUUGGUCUUGGCCAUGGUGGAGAGUUUGGAAUCUGAUUGAUUGAUUGCUUCUGUGGACAGAUGUCUUUUAUACAGGUAACAAACUGAGAUUAGGAGCACUCCCUUUAAGAGUGUGCUCCUAAUCUCAGCUCGUUACCUGUAUAAAAGACACCUGGGAGCCAGAAAUCUUUCUGAUUGACAGGGGGUCAAAUACUUAUUUCCCUCAUUAAAAUGCUAAUCAAUUUAUAACAUUUUUGACAUGCGUUUUUCUGGAUUUUUGUUGUUGUUAUUCUGUCUCUCACUGCUCAAAUAAACCUACCAUUAAAAUUAUAGACUGAUCAUUUCUUUGUCAGUGGGCAGACGUACAAAAUCAGCAGGGGAUCAAAUACUUUUUUCCCCUCACUGUAUAUGAAUGCCGUGUAGACAUUUUAGAAAAGGACUGACCAACAGAAACAGACCACUACAAUAAUAUGCCACUGUUGAGAAACAUCAAACCCACUUCCCCUUUGUCCCAUGUGAAAUGCUUAGGUUUCAAUUGUAGAAACCCCCUCUACAUUCACAUGCACACUGACCUUAACUAACUAACCAUAGCCAGAACUAACCCACAAGGCCUCAGACAGGAAGACUGGGGAUGUGUCCCUAAUGGCACCCUAUCCCCUAUAUAGUGCACUACUUUAGACCAGAGAAUGGCACCCUAUUCCCUAUAUAGUGCACUACUUUAGACCAGAGAAUGGCACCCUAUUCCCUAUAUAGUGCACUACUUUAAACCAGAGAAUGGCACCCUAUUCCCUAUAUAGUGCACUACUUUAGACCAGAGAAUGGUACCCUAUCCCCUAUAUAGUGCACUACUUUAGACCAGAGAAUGGCACCCUAUUCCCUAUGUAGUGCACUACUUUAGACCAGAGAAUGGCACCCUAUUCCCUAUAUAGUGCAUACUUUAGACCAGAGAAUGGAACCCUAUUCCCUAUAUAUAGUACACUAUAUAUUAAUAUUAUUAUAUUAUUAUAUAGUGCACUACUUUAGACCAGAGAAUGGCACCCUAUUCCCUAUAUAGUGCACUACUUUAGACCAGAGAAUGGCACCCUAUUCCCUAUAUAGUGCACUACUUUAGACCAGAGAAUGGCACCCUAUUCCCUAUAUAGUGCACUACUUUAGACCAGAGAAUGGCACCCUAUUCCCUAUAUAGUGCACUACUUUAGACCAGAGAAUGGCACCCUAUUCCCUAUAUAGUGCACUACUUUAGACCAGUGAAUGGCACCCUAUUCCCUAUAUAGUGCACUACUUUAGACCAGAGAAUGGCACCCUAUUCCCUAUAUAGUGCACUACUUUAGACCAGAGAAUGGCACCCUAUUCCCUAUAUAGUGCACUACUUUAGACCAGUGAAUGGCACCCUAUUCCCUAUAUAGUGCACUACUUUAGACCAGAGAAUGGCACCCUAUUCCCUAUAUAGUGCACUACUUUAGACCAGAGAAUGGCACCCUAUUCCCUAUAUAGUGCACUACUUUAGACCAGAGAAUGGCUCCCUAUGUAGUGCACUACUUUAGACCAGAGAAUGGCACCCUAUUCCCUAUAUAGUGCACUACUUUAGACCAGAGAAUGGCACCCUAUUCCAUAUAUAGUGCACUACUUUAGACCAGAGAAUGGUACCCUAUUCCCUAUAUAGUGCACUACUUUAGACCAGAGAAUGGCACCCUAUUCCCUAUAUAGUGCACUACUUUAGACCAGUGAAUGGCACCCUAUUCCCUAUAUAGUGCACUACUUUAGACCAGAGAAUGGCACCCUAUUCCCUAUAUAGUGCACUACUUUAGACCAGAGAAUGGCACCCUAUUCCCUAUAUAGUGCACUACUUUAGACCAGAGAAUGGCACCCUAUUCCCUAUAUAGUGCACUACUUUAGACCAGAGAAUGGCACCCUAUUCCCUAUAUAGUGCACUACUUUAGACCAGAGAAUGGCUCCCUAUGUAGUGCACUACUUUAGACCAGGGCCCAUAGGGAAUAGGGUGCCAUUUUGGGAUGAGGUCUUGCUCUGAUCCAGAUCGUAAGGACUCAUCAUAUUCCAAGUUAGAUUAGUUCACUACAUAAUGCUGCCUUUCUAGAUGAUGUUGACGUUAGUACGCCUAUCCCUAGACGAAUCAACCGUUUCCAUAUGGCUGACUUCACUAAUAACGUGAUGACCGUGUACAGUAGGAGAUCACCGUCAUCUCUACGCCAAUUAAAACCGAUUCCAUCGUUUAAUAAUGCCUCUGUUGUAAAUGAGAACUUGUUCUCAACUGGCUUACCUGGUGAAAUAAAGGUGAAAUAAAUAAAUAGCCUGGAUGCUGGUGUCUGGUUUAACCGGGCUAUGUAUAACGUUCUCCAGCAGACUAAUGCUGAUCUUCACGCUCUGAGACUUCACAUUCACUUCCCAUAAUGCCUCUGGGUUCUAUAGCAUAGCCUGGAUGCUGCUGUCACCGGUGUCUGGUUUAACCGGGCUAUGUAUAACGUUCUCCAGCAGACUAAUGCUGAUCUUCACGCUCUGAGACUUCACAUUCACUUCCCAUAAUGCCUCUGGGUUCUAUAGCAUAGCCUGGAUGCUGCUGUCACCGGUGUCUGGUUUAACCGGGCUAUGUAUAACGUUCUCCAGCAGACUAAUGCUGAUCUUCACGCUCUGAGACUUCACAUUCACUUCCCAUAAUGCCUCUGGGUUCUAUAGCGUAGCCUGGAUGCUGCUGUCACCGGUGUCUGGUUUAACUGGGCUAUGUAUAACGUUCUCCAGCAGACUAAUGCUGAUCUUCACGCUCUGAGACUUCACAUUCACUUCCCAUAAUGCCUCUGGGUUCUAUAGCAUAGCCUGGAAGCUGCUGUCACCGGUGUCUGGUUUAACCGGGCUAUGUAUAACGUUCUCCAGCAGACUAAUGCUGAUCUUCACGCUCUGAGACUUCACAUUCACUUCCCAUAAUGCCUCUGGGUUCUAUAGCAUAGCCUGGAAGCUGCUGUCACCGGUGUCUGGUUUAACCGGGCUAUGUAUAACGUUCUCCAGCAGACUAAUGCUGAUCUUCACGCUCUGAGACUUCACAUUCACUUCCCAUAAUGCCUCUGGGUUCUAUAGCAUAGCCUGGAUGCUGCUGUCACCGGUGUCUGGUUUAACCGGGCUAUGUAUAACGUUCUCCAGGAGACUAAUGCUGAUCUUCACGCUCUGAGACUUCACAUUCACUUCCCAUUCCCUUUAUUUAGCAUGGUGAUGUUAAUAUAAUGCUGCUUGUCUGUAACCCCCAGUGGAGGUUAAUAUGGUGAGACUGUAUUAGACUGUAUAAUCUAGUCAGAUCUCUGCUGGGUGCUGUUAGACUGGUUGUCGGACCGGGCUGACCGGAGGAGACAGCACCUCACUACUCUACCAGAGACCUUCUAUACAGGAGACAGACAGACUGGAGGAGAGACACUACACCUGGCUAUCUGCAGCACCUCACUACUCCACUCUACCUGACUCUACACCUGGCUAUCUGCAGCACCUCACUACUCCACUCUACCUGACUCUACACCUGGCUAUCUGCAGCACCUCACUACUCCACUCUACCUGACUCUACACCUGGCUAUCUGCAGCACCUCACUACUCCACUCUACCUGACUCUACACCUGGCUAUCUGCAGCACCUCACUACUCCACUCUACCUGACUCUACACCUGGCUAUCUGCAGCACCUCACUACUCCACUCUACCUGACUCUACACCUGGCUAUCUGCAGCACCUCACUACUCCACUCUACCUGACUCUACACCUGGCUAUCUGCAGCACCUCACUACUCCACUCUACCUGACUCUACACCUGGCUAUCUGCAGCACCUCACUACUCCACUCUACCUGCUCCAUACUGUUGAUCAAAUGUUCCGCCAUGUAGUGUGUAAAACACAUUCCUGGAUGAACAGGUCUUCUGUUGUCAUGUAAAACCACCUGUUAUGAUACAGAUCAUUAGGAUGUUGCCUUUUUAUAUGUGGGCUAGGUUGAAUGGCAUUCAGUCUGUUGAGUCAUGAUCUUACUUUGGGCUCUUUCUGACAGGUUGAAUGGCAUUCAGUCUGUUGAGUCAUGAUCUUACUUUGGGCUCUUUCUGACAGGUUGAAUGGCAUUCAGUCUGUUGAGUCAUGAUCUUACUUUGGGCUCUUUCUGACAGGUUGAAUGGCAUUCAGUCUGUUGAGUCAUGAUCUUACUUUGGGCUCUUUCUGACAGGUUGAAUGGCAUGGACUCUAUUUAGUCAUGAUCAAGUGUAAAGACUCUCUCCUCUCUCCUCUCUCCUCCCUCUUUCCCUCCCUCCUCCUCCUCCAGGUCUCUCAGCACAGUAUCGUCAACAAGAUGUCUCCCUCCAACCUGGCCUGUGUGUUUGGUGUCAAUCUGUCCUGGCCUUCUCAGGGCUCUGUCUCUCUGACAGCUCUGACGCCGCUCAACAUCUUCACCGAGAUCCUUAUAGAACAUUACCAUACAGUCUUCAGCUCCCGCUGCCCACGGGUAAUGCCCUGAUCGCCAGCACAGCACACCACCGUGAGGACGCGCGCCACUGCACAGCACACCGUGGACUCGUCGCCGUAUACCGUCUUCUGCCCCGUAGCGGUAACAACCUGACUGCACGGGCCGCACCACCUCACAACGUCUUCAGUCCUACUCUGAUCGUACACAACGACACGCUACUCAACCCAACAGAACCGGAACACCACGCUACUCAACCCAACAGAACAGGAACACCACGCUACUCAACCCAACAGAACAGGAACACCACGCUACUCAACCCAACAGAACAGGAACACCACGCUACUCAACCCAACAGAACAGGAACACCACGCUACUCAACCCAACAGAACAGGAACACCACGCUACUCAACCCAACAGAACAGGAACGACACGCUACUCAACCCAACAGAACAGGAACACCACGCUACUCAACCCAACAGAACAGGAACGCCACGCUACUCAACCCAACAGAACAGGAACACCACGCUACUCAACCCAACAGAACAGGAACACCACGCUACUCAACCCAACAGAACAGGAACACCACGCUACUCAACCCAACAGAACAGGAACACCACGCUACUCAACCCAACAGAACAGGAACACCACGCUACUCAACCCAACAGAACAGGAACGCCACGCUACUCAACCCACACGAACAGGAACACCACGCUACUCAACCCACAGAACAGGAACACAACACACGCUUACUCUCAACCCACAACAGAACAGGAACACCACGCUACUCAACCCAACAGAACAGGAAACACCACGCUACUCAAACCCAACAGAACAGGAACACCACGCUACUCAACCCAACAGAACAGGAACGACACGCUACUCAACCCAACAGAACAGGAACACCACGCUACUCAACCCAACAGAACAGAACGCCACGCUACUCAAACCCAACAGAACAGGAACACCACGCUACUCAACCCAACAGAACAGGAACAACCACGUACUCAACCCAACAGACAAGAACACCACGCUACUCAACCCAACAGAACAGGAACGCCACGCUACUCAACCCAACAGAACAGGAACGCCACGCUACUCAACCCAACAGAACAGGAACACCACGCUACUCAACCCAACAGAACAGGAACGCCACGCUACUCAACCCAACAGAACAGGAACACCACGCUACUCAACCCAACAGAACCGGAACGCUGUGA